AUGAGCUAUUUGGAUCUUUGUGAUAAAUUUAGCGAGGUAAGAGACCACUGGCUAUCAACAAGAUCUUUUUCUGAUGAAUAUUUAAAUUUUCUUUUAUACAAAUCAGAAAUUGAUAGAACUUAUGCGAAGGGUCUAAAAAAGCUUGCAAAAAUGCCAAUUUUCGGGAUGGCAAAAGGCACUCUGCUACCAGGGUUUAAUACUCUUCAAAAUCUGUGCAUUCAGCAUUCAAUACAGCUUAAGAUCCUUUCAGAAAAUUUGCAUAAAGAUCUUGCUUUAACAUUGAAGCAAUUAGCUGCCCAUCAAGAUUUAAUCAUAAAAGAUAAAUCAGAACUAGCCAAAAGAAUUAUCUCUGAAAGGGAAAAAAUCAUAAAAUCGCAUGAAAAAGCAAAGAGCAACUAUAUGAAAGAAUUUAAAGAAGGCCACGUGACUGAUAAAAGUCUGAAACUGGAAGAAAAGUAUAAAAAUUGUAUAGAAAGGCUGAAUACUUGCAAUAAAGCUUAUAUAGAAAAUAUGAAAGUGGUUUUAUCAACUUAUCAAGAACAAGAAGAAGAAAAUUCUAAAAAACUAAAAGAAGUGCUGAUAAAAAUGAUAUCUUAUGAGCAAGCAUAUAUUAAUACUUAUAGAAACGAAUUUGAGCCUUUAUUGCCAGCAAUGCAAUCUUUCAAUCCGCCUAUAGAUUUACAAAAAUUCAUUAAUGAUAACUUAACUGAAUCAGGAGUUGAUACUGUGAAGUUUAUGCCUUAUCUGCCUCCAACUCCUAGACAAAGUUUGAAUUCAAUAAGCAAUAAAGAAGAAAUCCUACAAGGUAUAAUCCAAAAAUGCUGGGAUGGUGAAGAACUAACCAGAGAAGAAGGAUCGAAAUUUUUAUGAACAAUUUCAGACGAAAUCGGUAAAAAAACCUGAGUCCAACUUCUCAGCAGUGUUAGGACUCAAGGCCGCGAAUUAAUUCCUCUAUCCACUUUUGAAGCAUUUGGAGACCUCAUGUGAUGUGCCCUUACUUCUAUGAUGGAGAACAAUGACUAUAAGUACGCAAGAGAAUGCAUCAGUCUUUCACAAGUAUUUUAUACAGAAGAAAACAACGAAAAAAAAUACAUCCAAGAUUUCCUUAUGAUGCAUCCUCUCUGGCAAGAAGAAUAUAACUGGGAAAAACUUAUAAUAACUGCUAUUGAGCAAGAAAUUGAAUUUUUUAUCCAAAAUAAAAAUAUAGGAGAAUUAAAAUCGCAGAUUAUUGCUAUAUCACAGCUGACUUGAUAUACACAUAUUAUGACGAUUUAUAAUGCAGAUGAGGCAAUGAUAGCUCGAUUAACAGCUCGUCUGAAAGGACUAUAUAAUAUUUCUGAAGGAUUUUCAGUGUAUCCAUAAAUUUAAUAAUUAAAAUAUGGCGUCUUCGUCUGGGCAUGGCCUCCCGGCCAUGCAGCCUCGACUCAUAUUUUAAUUAUAUCCGGCAAGGUUUUACCAUUUCAGAGAUGGACAGCAAUGCUAGGUAAGCAAUUCUGGUAGCUUUCAGAGCCUAGCCCUAGUCUAUUCUCAGGGGUGGAUUUUUCCUCGUGGGGAAGGAGGGUGCAAGGUUGGAAAGGGGAAGCCCAGCAAAGUCCUCUGGACCAUUCGGGCAACUCCCUAGCGUGAAACUGGGCGUUACGUCCCAGGCUUUGCAUUUUUCCUUUUUGCCGAUAGCCGACCAGAAAAAUCCAUUUUUUGGGUUUUUUUCGGAAAAGCAACCCAUGUACAAGCAAGUAGCUCAUCCAUGAGCCGUCGAAGACGUGGACAUUUGCCCUGGAAGCACCCUGGUGAUCGAAGCGAGUUUGUCUCCAGCAGACUGGUGGGCCCGAUGCGACGAAAGGCGAGUGAUAAACCUGGAGUUGUAACCCCGUAGUGGACGUUAAGCGAUAUAAAUUCUAAUGUAAUGUAUCCAUAA